GGCUCGGUUGAGCUUCCGUACAACGGUUUCUAUGGAGACUGUCCAUGGUAAAUGCGAACGAACAAGAAGCUAGUUAGGAUUCAUAACCGAAAGGUAAACCCUCAUUUUUAAAGCAGUGUGUACCGAAUUUAGCCCAUUUACCAAAAGCUAUUUGUAAUAUAAUCUCUCACAGCAGGCUGGUUUAUCUUUGGAAAGUGUAAACCUCAAACGUUGGUAUUGUGGACAUUUCCAUUUAGCCACAGUCGAGCUAGCCUUCGUGAUGUCGGUGAAAACUCGAGUUUUAAACCGAAAUUAACUGGAUGUCAGGAUUGACAAGCUUAUCAAGUCAGUUGUACUCUUACGUUUAUCAUUGAUAAAUCAUCGAUAACAAAGUUAUAGUCGUGCUGGAUAAUUCCUCUUGGUCAACUUUGAUAUCUCUCUAAUAUCAUGUCUCUUACCUUACAGACCUUCAAGAAUGUCUUUCAGGGACUUAAGAAGUAAGUGUAAUUCUGCUCCAGAGAGAAGAUCAUCACCUUAUCAGCUCACUGUAGAUCCAUGAAAAUAUUUCUUUACUCAACUGUAACCGCAGCUGUAUCGUGUCGUUUCACAGAUUUCACGGAGAUGAUGAGGGCCCUGGGAUAUCAUCGAUUGAUAUCUAUGGAGAGCUUCAGAACACCAAACUUUGGUUUAGUUGCAGAAAUCCUAAUAUGGCUUGUAGAGAGGUAUGAUAUAUAAUACUUUAGAAAUAUAUGUACUUUUACAUUUUCUGUGCAAAGUAUUGGCAUGACAGGUUCAAAUAUAAAUCUUGUUUCAAGCCAUAUCAAGACAAAAAUUUCAGAUUAGACAUUUUACUCAUUACUGUCAACAUGUCUUUGUUUUUGGCUUUGAAAGAAGAGGGCUCUUGAGGCAGACAGCAAUGAGUCCAGUGUGCAAUACUGACAAAAGAUGCUGUCAAAAUAUUCAGUCAGUUCAUCCUGGAAAUGCAAAGUCAAAUCUUUUUACAUAUCAAAACUGUUAGUGUUACUUUUAUGCUCAUCUUACCCCCACCUCACCCCCAUAGUAAUGGGUUAAAAGUAAGUACUUAGUGCUUUAGGUACAUUUCAACUUAAGUUCAUUUUGUUUUUAACAGAGUAUAUUCAUGGACAGGUACAUUUACUUACACCCAAAUAUGAUGUCUCUAAAGUAACUGUUCUUUUACUUAAGCAGGACAAAAAUGAAGUUUUACCCCCUGCUACCUUUUAAUUUGUUCUCUUUCUUCUCUGCAUGUAGAUAUGAGCCUCAGACGGAUAUUCCCACUGAGGUGGACACAGAGUCAGACAGAAUAUUCUUCAUCAAAGCUGUGGCCCAGUUCAUGGUGAUGACAAUAUGAAUGAUAAAUAUACAAAGAGAAUGCAGAUGACUCUGAGCAAGGAAAAGCUAGCUGUCCGUCUGUCUUGAACAUGGACUCUCAUUAUUGCAGGCGACUAAGGCUCACAUCAAGUUAAACACCAAGCGUCUCUACCAGGCUGAUGGCUAUGCUGUGAAAGAGAUGCUGAAGAUCACUACAGUGUUAUACAGUGCGAUGAAGACCAUGCAGAUGACACUGGGAGAUCAGAACGAGGAGGAUAACAGCAAGUUCAAGUUUGACCUGAGCUCACGUGUGAGGAACUCUGUUUACUCUAAUUUGAAUCAAUGAUAGAUAACAAUUACAACAGAUCAAAAGAGCAAAUACUAAGCUGUUUACUUUCACAGAUGUUACUGUGCUGCAGAAGAGAUGUAUUUGUUUAUGACUGACUGGGUGUGACUUUCUUCACUUUAGAUUUCAGAUCUUAAGGCAGCUCGGCAGCUGGCGUCCGAUGUCACAUCUAAAGGAGCAUCCCUGUAUGAUCUGCUGGGAAAAGAAGUUGAACUAAGGGUGAGGAGAAACACUGGUGAACACCAAGUCUUAAAGUUUAGGUUUAAGACAACAAAGUGAUUAGGAAUAUAUUUUUGUAGUUAAGUCAUUAAUGGUGCUGAAAAUCACUUGAAUGGUUUUUCAGUUGCACAUUAGGCCCAGGCCAGAUGUAACAUAUUUCUCUAAUCUUACAUAAAUGUUUAAACUUUAAGUGCUGUUGUAUCUGGUAGAAUGCUGAGGGUUGAUUUCCUAAAGUGAGCAAAGCUGCUGGACUCAGAGGAUAACAGCUAUAUAAUACCAGGACACUCAGUAUGAAAAGUUAAUGCAGGAGAUUUCUCCUCUGUUUGUCUUUUUUAAUGUCCUUCCAGGAAAUGAGAACUGCAGCCAUUGCCAGACCUCUGGAGAUCAAUGAAACCGAGAAAGCCCUGAGAGCUGCCAUCAAGGAAGUUUUGGUUUGUAUUCGAUCUGUUAAUCUUCACUUUCUCAUUCAACACAAACUUUGUAGUCAUUGCUGUGGUACUGAGUCUGCUGACUUUGUGUUCAUUAUAAAGGAAAGUGUGGAGAAGACCAAAGACAUGCUCGGUAAUGUGGUUUCUGAUGAAGCAAGUCUCGAUGCCAAGAUAGAAAAGAAGAAGCAGGAGCUGGAGAGGGUUCGUAAGAGGCUUCAGGCAUUAAAGAGUGUCAGGUCAGUCCAGGAGGGUAGCAGAAAUGCUUGAUGGUAGAAAUGACUUGCAGUUUUUUUAACAAAUUUAUAUGUAAUGUUCUCAAAGUUUAAAUUCAGUACCUUGGGGAAAAACUGAGAAGUAUGUAAAGAAGUGCUACCUUCUUGAAAAAGGUUGUUUCUGUUUUUCUGUCAAUGUUCUAGGCCGGCCUUCAUGGAUGAAUAUGAGAAGAUAGAGGAAGAACUGCAGAAACAAUAUGAGACAUAUGUGGAAAAGUUCAGGAACCUUUGCUUUCUGGAGUCCCAGCUGGAUGAAUACCAUAAACUGGAGCAGGAGAGGUUUGAGGUGUGUGUGUGACACAGAGAACAGUCAGUGUCUAGUGCUUUAAGUAUGUGGCUUAUAUAAAAUGGCUUAUGCAAAAAUGAUGAUUUGAAAUAGAACACACUGGCCUGAAGUCAUGUAAAAAAAAUAAGACCCAACAAAAGACACCAAAACUGGCAUAGCAACAAAAAUUGCAAAGUUGCAACAGUACUCUGUGUUUAUGCAUUUGUUUCUUCAAGCUGCAGGAGGCUGAAAACACAAUGAGGAUGAUGCAGAACAAAGUACGGGAGGAGGAGGGGGACCAGAUGAGGAGCUCCUGUAAGAUCCUAAAAGGCACAAUGUGCAAGAAAAGAAGUAGUAACAUUGUCUCAAUCCCUUAUAUGAUUGUAGAGACUUUUUAAAUCAGAAAACAUUUUCCUGCAGUAAAAGACGAGGAUUCUGACAUGGAUGUUCCAGAGGAUGAGGGUUCAGACAGCGACAUGGAAGAAAUUCGUCCUUCUAAGCCACGACCCACACGUAAUGGCAUCAUGGCAGGUAAACAGGCAGAAUGCGUCAAUCUGAGUCAGAGUCGUCAGCUUUAAGUUUCUUACUCAUUGUGGAGUAAACCAUAUCCAUCUGCUCUGCUCUCUUUUUGAUGGUUUUCACUCGUGGUUCUCAAUGGUUGAUAUAUGUUCAGAUUUGACAGUGUGCUGCAAUGUUAAAUUAGCUUUGAUUGUAUUCACAUUAUAGGAAGAGGAGCACGGUUCACUGGAAACAUGCAAGGUGGUGACAGUGAUGAGGUGAGUUUUGCUGGCCACAUUAAGACCACGUUGUCUUCUUCUGUUUCUACACUGAAGCUCUACAUUUUCAUGGCUUUUAAGCUGAUUUUGCUCUCAACAUCCGCAGACAGUGUUCUGUGUCUUCUCUGUCCUCCUUGCUGUUAACAUCAUUUUUAAGACAGAUGUGUGACUCAAAUUAUAUUCUCAUUUCACUUUUUGGUUUCCAACUUGUAUCUGUUCCAUAUCUGACUUUUCUUUGUCGUGCACGUACAUUUUUAAAGCCUUUUCUAGCUGUUUCCAGACUGCCUCAUGCAAAAAAACAACGAAAGAGAAAGGUUUGUUUAAGGCCCCGCCCCCCACCCCUAGAUCCUUGUUUAUUCAGGUAUUUAAAGGAAAAAUCCAUUCUCAAAACCUCUUGUAAAGUAUAUAUUAAACAAAAGAAGGAGGCAAUGCAAACCCUGUUUUCCAAAAUAAUUGUCACUGUGUUCAUUCUGGUAAAAAGUUGGAAGAGAUGUACCCUAAAAUCUUGCAAAUAGUAUUUAUAUUUAGUAUUUUUUGUUUGUACUGGAUUUUUCUUUUAAAUUGAGUAAAUAAUUGAAGACUCUAUCCAAAGACUGACUCUGACUUUGGUGGUGAAUCAGGUCUGGUCUGGUCUGAGCCUGUUUUCAUCACAGCAAAAGAGUUAAUUCAGUAAUUAGACCCCCGUGCCCUGUCUGAUAUUCAUGUAGGACAGUAGAUGGUGUUAGAAUGAGUACUUGUCCGUGUUUGUUGUCCUGCCACAUUAUGUGUUCAGUGAAUGCCAGAGUAAAUACAGUCAGAACCUCUGAUCCUGCUUAAUGCCUCCUGUUCCAGACGGAAGACAGUGAGAUUGAUGGGGAUGAGGAUGAUGAGGACGAUGACGAAGGUGAAGAAGAGGAGGAAGAGAGCAAAGAGUUGGAGGAUGACAGUCUUGAGGGACCAAUGUCCAGAGGUGCACGCAUCUCAAGGGGUGGCAUGAAACCACCUCUGCUGGAGGAGAGUAACAAUGACUUUUGAAUUUAUAUGACUUUUGAAUUUAUGUUUGUGUACAUAGACACGCCCACAUUCGCCUGAUUCUUCUUUGUUUUACAGCUAAAUGCAUUAAUGACUCUUUAUGACCAAUGUUUUUGACACAACAAAGUAACAUUUCCUAUUUUCAAACACUCAUGUAAACUGUGUAUCUUAAUUAAAUGGUAACUAUUUAUUUUUU